AGAUUGAUCCAGCUCCACUCAGGGGUCCGGUACAGCGUAGAGAGGCGGUGAAAAGGAAGGGAGCCAGCAAAUUAACGAGGCAAUUUCAGAAAUCGAUACCUGAGGACGAGGAGACGGGACGAUUGCUUCACGUGAUAACGGGAAGUUGAUACAAGAAGACAUGGAUGAACAACAAAGUGUGGCCAAUGAUAUAAAUAAAAUUCUAAGGGUGAUUGCGUCCAUGUCGAACAAGCUCGAAGAUCUGAGCAGCCGUGUACAACAUAUGGAGGAGGAGUUGCAAAAAAUUCAAAAAAAUCAACCUGAGUUUCCUCUUAUCUCAGAUGAGGAGCCCCAAGAGGAAACCUUCGUCCCACCCCCUUUCCCUGAGAAUAUUGAAGAUCUUGAUGUCUUUUGUGAGUGGGUGGCGAAUGUGGAAAAUUUUUUCGAGGAGAAUAUGAUCUCACAGUAUAAACAAGUACCACUUAUAGUCAGCACAUUGCCAUCGGAAGAAGGGGGGGUUCUCUCAUGGUGGAAACAAAUCUAUGACCUAGACUAUCGAAUCGAUAAAUAUUAUAUGAUUAAGUGGAAAGAGAUGAAGAAGAUGUUAAUGGUCCGAUACCUUUCUCCAGAUUGUUUGGAAACCAACAAGUCUCCUCCUCUUAAGAAUAUAAACUAACAAUGUAAGGGAGCGUUUGGAUCAAACUUUCCAUUUGACUGAUUUUGAAUUUACACAAGGAAAUGCAAUUGCAUGUAUUUGGAGUUUAAGGAGAUUUAAAUCCUUCUGGUUGUUUGGUUGAAAAUAUUUGGAUUGGAAUUCAAUUCAGUAGCUCUUUUCUUUA